AUGGGCAGUACGGUUUUCGCGGACAGGCAGUUUUAUUUGCCCAAGAUAUCUUUGAAGUCAGUGAAAGACUGCCUAGUAUGCUACCAAGAUCUGCAAGCCAGAAAUAACCCGCUUUACAAAGAUGUACGUAUUGACGACAAUGCCCAAAUUAGUGACCAGGAGUUAGUACGACUUAGUGUGCCCGAAUUGUCUGAAGAUGAAGCGUCCGAAAGGAAUGAAAAUGAAAUUCGAAAUGCAUUCAUUCCAAUUAAUAAUGUUGCAAGAAUUAUUCGAGCUUCAUGGCAUCAAGGUGACUACAAAGUCUUUACUUCGCGAUAUGCUGGUGUACAAUGUAGUGCUAUGUCGUUGGCGAACAUUGUCCGAGCUGCACUCCUAAGCCCUAAUCAAUGGGACGUCAAUAUUCUGAAUGCUAAUAUGUUAGCGGGUGACUCCUUAUAUUGCUGGAUUCGUACCCAGCUUGAUCCUACUGAACUGGAUGAAACAGGAUAUUUAGAGAUACGAAACUUUCAUAUCGUCAGGCAAAGUUUACAAAUGUAUGAAUGCCGAUUUUCUACAGAAUAUGAUGAAGACACUCUUUUAUUCGGGAGUCUCCAAGAUUCUGUAAAUACCAAUAAUAUCGGCAUUACAUUACAUACAGCUUUAAAUAGAUUAUUUGAUAGUCAUUCUUCAGGAAUAUUGACAGCGUCAAAUAAAUCUGUUAGCGUAUUUCGCGGUGAAGACAAAUACUAUUUUGCUGACUCCCAUUCUUGUGGCCCAAAAAGAAAACCAACACCAGAAAAUGGCAAAGCCUGUGUUAUAGAAUGCGACAACUUACAAGAACUGUGCCGCAUCUGUAAAAGAUGCCUCGGAUCCCGUAAUAUCGCGUACACCCUUACACGCGUAGACGUACAUUUGAGGGAAAAUAUUAUCACUCGUCAGGGUGUUCAAGUACAGCAACAGGAAGAUGCCAUCACUCAUCAGGAUGUACAAGUACAACAACCGCUUUCGAAUCUGAGAUCUGAAACUAUACCUAUACAAACAUCUGUAAUGUUGCCUAUUGAUAGCGUCCAACCUGAUGUUGAAGAUGAGCUAGAGGUAUCUGAAAAUGUAAACGAAAUCAGAAGAAAGACGAAUAAUAAUAUUGUGAAUGAAGCUUAUGAGUUAAAAGCAGAAGAGUUCGCAUGGUAUCAGCUCCCGCUUUCCCGUGCUGAUGUUAGAUUUCAGCGCAACGAUUACCUAUUCUAUGCUCUAUCAAUGUUUGAGUACUAUCGAGUUAAAUCAACCAUUGCAGCUUGUGUUAGAAAAGUUGAAGGUGAAAACUGCAAUCGAGUGGAAGACCUGCACUUAUAUUUAAAAAAUCUAAGAGGUUCCGCUGCUUAUUGGCGUAGUGCUCUUAGUGAUCUUAUAGCACAAAUCAGAUGUUUAGGACCUCCCACUUAUUUUGUUACAUUGAGCUGCAAUGAUCUUCACUGGAAGGAUAUGAAAAGAGGUCUCCUUGUUAGUGAUGGUAAACAGCACAUUGACCCAGAUGACAUAGAUAUUCAGGAAACUCAGAGACUCAUCGAGAUGUAUCCAGUUGUUGUGAGUAGACAUUUUAUGGUACGUGUUAAUGCGCUAAUGCAGUUUCUUAAAACUGAUACUGAAAUAUUUGGCGGUAAAGUUAAAGAUCAUUGGUGGCGAAUCGAGUUUCAGAACAGAGGAAGUCCUCAUUUGCAUAUGGUUGUUUGGAUCGAAGAUCACCCGUCUGUUGCGACACCUGAAGGAAUAGCUCGCAUUGAUUCAGUCUGUAGUACUGCCAUUCCUCCAGAAACUUCAGAACUAUAUGAAUUAGUUAAAAAUUGUCAAAUACAUCGACACACUAGUACCUGCACGAAAAAUAAUUCUGUUUGA